AUGGCUCAUUCGUCGUCAAAGAAGGCUGAGACACUUCGGUCUCUCAUUCGAAUCCUUGUGGAUGCUUCUGAGACUAUCAUCAAACAAUGGGAGGCAGAGGACCAGCCCUAUCUCCCUGGCCCUGUCACUGGUGAAGUUCCCUCACAUGAAUUAUUCGAGGCACGCCGCAUCAUCCUCGGUGCUUGCGACAUGUGUGCAGAUCUAGUGCAAGAUCCUCUGGAGCGGCUUAGCGAAAUUUCUUUCUCGUAUUUUUCUGCCCGUGCCUUGCACAUCGUUGCUGAAGCAAGGGUAUUCGAUAUACUCGCUGAGGCAGACCCGAGCUCGGGAAUGGACAUCCAGGACAUCAGUCAUCUCACAGGUAUCAACGCAGGAAAGCUUGUUCGCGUACUCCGUUGUCUCUGCUCCCUGCAUAUAUUUGCUGAAGUGAAGCCAAACCGCUUCGCCAAUAGCUCUACAAGCCAAGCUAUUGUUGGGAACGAUCCAUUCCGUAAUUGGCUCAUUCUCAGGUAG